UUGUUGACUGCGGCCGAAGUUCGUCAGCAAGUAGAGAAACAAAAAAAAUCUCGUUGGAAUUUCGAAAAAAUAUUGGCUCAUUCUUCUAGCGAAGAGGCAGUUAAACCAUUACAAAAAUUACUAGGUCCUAAAGGGCUUUAUCCGACCAAAAAAAACGGUUCUCUAACCGAGAGUAUAUUACAAGAAAUUGCUAAAUUUCAACAAGGAGAAACAGAGUUAAAGACCGACAAAGGAGGUAAUAUUCAGGCCGUAAUCGGCAGCAGCAAUUUUAGUUCCGAGCAAUUGGCCGAAAAUUACACAACGAUAUAUAAUAAAGUAACCGAACUAAAACCAACCGGUUGA